GGAAGAGAGGGAGACACUGGAAAAAGUUUUUGUUCUUUUCCUUUUUUCUCCCUCCAUCGCCUCCCCCUGUUCUAACCGGCUAACAUGGACCAGGGGCCCAAGAGUCCUGCGCUGCGGCUGGGGAGAGCAGGACAUGGUGGAGUCAACCAACUUGGAGGUGUGUUUGUAAAUGGCAGGCCCCUCCCAGAUGUAGUCCGACAGCGAAUAGUAGAACUUGCCCAUCAAGGCGUUCGGCCCUGCGACAUCUCACGUCAGCUACGAGUCAGCCACGGAUGCGUCAGCAAAAUACUGGGCAGGUACUAUGAAACGGGCAGUAUCCGCCCCGGGGUAAUCGGGGGAUCCAAACCAAAGGUUGCUACACCAAAAGUGGUCGACAAGAUCGCCGAUUACAAACGCCAAAACCCCACCAUGUUUGCCUGGGAGAUCCGGGACAGGCUCCUGGCCGAGAGAGUUUGUGACAACGACAGCGUCCCCAGCGUCAGCUCCAUCAACAGGAUCAUUCGGACUAAGGUUCAGCAGCAGCCCGGUCAAACGGGCUCAGUGUCGGCUCACAACUUAGCAACGUCCGUGGCUGCCACACAGGUCUCAGCGGUGACCAGCGACUCAGCCGGCUCCUCAUACUCCAUCAGUGGCAUUCUGGGUAUCAGCUCAGCCGCUGAUGUGGGCAAAAGGAAGAGGGACGAAGGUUUGCAGGAGUCGCCGCUGGCCAAUGGGCACGGCCACAGUGGGCGGGACUUCCUCAGGAAGCAGAUGAGAGGGGAGCUGUUCUCGCCACAGCAGAUCGAGGUAUUGGACCGCCUCUUUGACAGACAGCCAUCCUGUCCAAUCCAAUCCAGCUCUGACCUCUAUGUGAGCCCUGACUCUGGCAAGACGUCAGAUUAUUCGGCCAUGGCCUCGCUAGCAGGCGGACUGGACGAGAUGAAGAACAGUUUGGCCAAUCCGGGCACAGGGGCAGAGUUAGGAGCCAGCGUGUCCGGUCCACAGUCCUAUUCUCUAGUUCCAGGUCGAGACCUAGCCAGCACUACUCUGCCAGGCUACCCUCCUCAUGUUCCUCCCACUGGACAGGGCAGCUACUCCACUCCCUCCCUCACUGGCAUGGUACCUGGGGGAGAUUUUUCUGGAAGUCCAUAUUCCCAUCCGCAGUAUUCCACGUACAAUGAAUCCUGGAGAUUUCCUAACCCCAGCCUAUUAGUGUUUCAGCAGGAUUAUGGGUCUCUCCUGGGGACGGAAAUCGGCUGCUCCUCCAGUCUCUUCACCAGCCAGGCAGGACAGAUGCAAGGGUCACCAUACUACUACAGCGCAACAUCUCGGGGGGCCGGCCCUGCUGCCACUGCCACAGCCUCCGCCUACGACCGCCACUGACCCCUCCUGCAGAGAGAAGAGGAGGGUGAGGAGCGGGAGACGAGGGAGGGAGGGAGGGAGGGAUGGAUAGCACCAGCACUGCUCAGUACAAACUUGCCUGCGCACAGACUACAAUGAGGAAAAGAUCUCAAAUCUUUGACCUCAGUGAAGUUUUAAUUUUCUCUGUUGGUACCAACAAACACACUCCUGGGCUGGAGCACAAUACUGUAUGGGUGUACGUUAUUGUGAGGAUAUAGGACCGAUGUUGUAGACAGGUACAUUUUGGAAAUUUGGACCCUCCCAUAAUAUAUCAAGGCUUGGUAUCCCUAGCUUGUUUUUUCAUCAAUAAACCCAAGAAGGAAGUAGAUGGUGUGUACAGCAUUAAAACUCUCUGUAUUGUGAUCUUCUGAGUAAAAUGUUGUGUUUUCAGGUUAUUUUUCUUUAAAUCAUUUGAGCUGGUUAAGGCAAAAUCACUUUUUCAACCAGUAUUUUUAUGACCCGACAUUAAUCAGUUUUCUAUGCCAUGCUACAGUAAAGUAAAGACAAUCCAAUCCUCACAACUGUGAAUGACCAAAAUCACCCAUAUCACUAUCACUCUGUUCUCUUUGCUGUAGAUUCAACACAUUUCCUCUGGGAUCACAAUGUUUAAUUAAAGGGAUACCCUCGUUUUAAUGGGAGCGUUCAGUGUCAGUGUUCGCUAUGCUCUGCCCCGGGUUGUUGUAACUGUCACACUUUCCAUUCUUGCGAAACAUAAAUGUAGUGAAUUCCUGAACUUGUUUUAAAGCAACAGAUCCUUGAUUUCAAAUGGGUAAAAUCAACUUGGUGAGUAAACUGAAAACUUACCCAAAUCCAAUUAGAAACAGUUCUCACAUGAUACAAUACACAGUACUACUGAAUCAAAAAGGCUUUUAAAAAAUAUAACCUCCAACUACAAACUCAUUUAAUAGUUGACUGUAGGUAGUAGGCUAAUCAACCAGACAUGCUAACAUUGGCAACUGUCUUGAGUGCAGAUACAUUUCUUCUGCUGUUGCUUUACUAUUUUUGAUUUGAAAACAGCUAGAAGAUAAGGCCACCAUCCAAACUCUUUCAGUGCUGUGUGACAUUCCUUUUACAGCACACCACAGAAGCAAGUGGAGAAAUCCAAAGCUUAACUGUCCUAUCAUAUCUAAUUAUGGUUGCAAAGCCAUGAUUGUAUCAUUGCUGUUCAGGGGUGGGGUUUAGCGAACAGCUAAUUUUAGUGGUUAAAUGUGAUUUCCCAAUUAGGAAAACUGUAUCCUCACAUCAUGGAUGUAUUAGGGAGGGAGGGAUACUGGAUACCAAAGCUGGUGCCUCGUGCAUGUGCCAAUAAAGUCUGUAUAAUUCAAUGGCCCUGCCCACAGCUCCCUACUCUGCUCAUAAACUUUACAUAAUGAAGCCAUCCUGAAAUUAAAACUAAUUUUUCAAGGCACAGGAGAGAUUUUUACAACUAUAAAAGUCCUAGAUUCAUUACAGAAAACAUAAAACCCAACCUUGUUGGUAACUGGAUUAGAGAUGCCCUGUUUACAGACAUGUCUUUUAUAAUGGUGGGCUACGGGAAAAAUUAAGUGUGUUCCAAUAUCCAUACUAUGUAGUAGACCAAGAAUUUAUUUAAGAUUUAGUAUGAUCUAAUUCAUAAUCUCUUGCACAAGUACAAACAAGCUUGAGCCGCCCAGAGCACACAGACAGAUAACAUUUUAUUUCAUACAACAGAUUGCGACUGUCAAAGUUUAAGGUGCAAUAGUAUGGUAAAGUAUCAUGUCGCAGCCAUAUGCAUACUGCACAAAACGGUACGUACUUUGUAAAGGCAGCUACAUUACGUGCUUAAAAGAAAAUGUAUGUGAUUUGGAAUGCAGCCUUACAUUUUGGGCUGCAGAGGUUUUUUUUUUUAGUUGCAACAAUGCAAGUGACCACUGGGAGAAAUUGGCAGCAACGCUGACUGGCAGCGCCACAUCCAGCUCUCCUAAUACAUCCAUGCUUCACAUCCACACUUACAUCUGAAGUGGUGUGAAUACUGCUGAUCAUCAGACAGACCUUUCAGUGAAGCACAGCCUAAAAUAUGAGCUCUCUGCUGUAAAAACAACAGUGUACAUGUUCACGUAAAACCAAAAUCAACUCCACCAGGUUAUGUUACUGUUCAGGAAGGUGCUAUCCUGCCUCCCCAGCCAAGAUUUAGUGCUGUUCAAGAGCUAUUUAUAAUGGAGGAGACAGAGUAAUAUAUUAAGAAGCUUUUCUGCGCUGCACUCCGUGGUGAGAGUGAAUGCCUGUAAUGAUUUAUAAUAGUGUCACGCUGUUGUGCUAGAAUAGUGAUGAUGAUGAUGAUGAAGAUGCAGUGAACUAUGAAAUCUGAUAAACUUUCAAUAUAAGAAGAAGUCUUUGUUUAUAAAUGUGAUCAGAUUGCAAUUUUCUUGUUUAUAGUUUGUUUCCUGGUAUCAGUUGACACAGGUGCCAUUUAAUAAGACGCCAUUUUUAGCUGCUUCCGACUAUUCAAAAGAAGAACCGGGAAGUGGUGGCACCCUCUCUUUCUCUCUCUUUCUCUCGCUCUUUCUAUUUCUCUCUUUAAACUCCCCAAAGAUGGGCCCCCCCUAGUGGAUCGGCUGACUAACUACAAAAGCACAAAGAGACUCAAUCAUCAUUUAAAGGCGCCAUUAUACUUUUUCUGACUUCUUUUCUGAACCAUGAAGUACUUCUUAUUAUUCUCCCCUUUCUGAGUUAGUGUCCUUGUGCUAUUUGACAUCCUGAAAUUGUUUCUAUAAAAGCAUUGCUUUCGUGAAAAAAAAAAAAAGUGAACGUUUUCAUUUGUUUUGUUUUGUCUCCUACAUCAGUUCUGCGCUGUGACAAUGCAUGACACCAGGGUCGAGGCCUUACCCAUCAUGUACAGACAGAGUAGGACAGAUUUGCCCUUCAGCACUGAUCUGAAAUCAGUGUGUUUUCCCUCCCGAGUAUCUGAGGGCCCACGAUGUUGAUCUCCUGAGAGGGCAAUGUCUUCCUAAACCUGUACGUAGCUUCCUGUUUCAAUUUUGUCCAUACAAGUCUUGUACAGUAAUCAGUGAAAGAGCAGAGAAGUCACAAUGUCAAUAGCAAUUUCAAUUAUUCACAUUUGAAUUUAGAUUUUAGUGAUGAAGCUUUCGUUACGAUGAAAAGACAUUAAAGGUGCGUGGUGUUGUUUUAGCCAUUGUCUGCGAGUGUUUACACAUCUUUUGUUCUUUUGUUCAUUUGUUUGGGAUAUGCGUGGCUGACUGUAGCGCUUCAUUGCUACUAUGUAGUUUUUACUAGCUAACAGAUUGGAGGCACCAAAUCUGCAGUGUGAGACAUAAAAUAUAGCUAUAUAAACAUACUAUAACUAUGAACACUGAACAAAGCUGUUAGUUUCUCAAUCUUUGUUGUUUCUGGAUUUUUUGAAAUAGUAAUAGAGUGGAUCCUUUUACAUUUGUAGACCUUAAAAGUUGUGCAUACACAACUCUAAAGAAGAUUCUUAUGACGGCUCACCUGCUGUGCUGCCAGUGUGCACCGCAGCGGGAGCCCUUCCUUAUUUCUGUCUUUUUCUCUUGAUCCUUCUGAGGCAUUAUUGAACCUGAACCACACCAGCUGAAAACAAGGACAGUGCCUUUAGUUUUAUAUGUCAACAUCCCCCUGACUGACCACGAGUCACUAAAACGAGAUUCAGCAACCCUCCCUGCAACUCCUUUAAUAAAACUCUGAUUAUAUGCCCAUGCAAACACAGGGUUGUAGAUUAUAUAAAACCUUUCACAAAAAAGUAACAAACAGUAAUUUUAGUACCAAUAUCAGAUUUCCUUCGAUGCAUCGACAGUAACACUGCAGCUCUGAUAACAGAACACCGAUCUAACGCCAUCAUAGUCCUGAAAUCUCCCAGAACUUGAAUUUUUCGGUCACAGAUCUGCCGUAAGAAAAGCAAACACAUGAGCAGGUAAAAACAUCUUAUCAGCAGUCUGCGAGUUUAGCAGAUAGCUACAGCAACAAAAACAGAAUAUAUUUCAAGAAAGGUCUGUUUUUAUAGAGUUAAUAUAAGACUUCUUCAGUCGUGAUGCCCAGUAGGAGAACACUCAGUACAGCAACUAGUAUUGUUAUUGUUCUGCUAACUACUAUAAUCUAAAAAUUGCACAGCUGGACCUUUUGGACCAAUCAUCAUUCUGCUAUACAGAAAAAAAAAACUUUAAAUAUUACUCUUGGGCCGUACUAAGCCCAGGAUGCAGCAACAGUGCCCUUGCAAAAUAGUGUCAAAGGGAGCUCUUCUGUGCAAAAUACUUUUUUUCCCCCAUAAUUGUAGGGCAAGCAUGCAAGCACAUCCCUGUUAGAUGGUAAAUGUUGUAAAGACAUUGUUUCUAGAUCUUCAGAACCAUUCACUAAAACAACCAAGAAGGCCUAUGUCCAACUUAAAAUGGACAGUUCAAGUUAAUGGAUUAACAAUGAAACACAAGAUACGUAGUUAGAAAACAGAAACUCAGUAUUUCACUGUUUCUUUAUUUAACAUCUAUGUGACAUUUUCCAGUUUUAAGACUAAAAAGAUCCAACUAUCCAACGAGUGCAUAUUUUCUCCUCAUAACAAUUGUUAGGAGCACCUCUGUGACUGAAAUGUCUAAAUUCAGGGAGACAUCCAUGCAUGGUCAUAAUACAUGCAUCAGGGUUAAACAGGACCAACCGGCUUGAAAAGGAGUGAACACUGAAAAAAGGCACAAAAUACAGAAAAAAUAGCCAAGUGAGUGACAGACAUCUGUAGAGUCUGUUCAUUAAUACUGUUUUCUUUUUUUUUCAACAACCAAGCAACUUAUUAAUGAAUCACCCCCUUUGUUCCAGAAACCAACACACACACACACACACACUACUAUAAGCAUGACAAAAUAUUGAUUGAAAGUCGUUCUCCUUGAGGAGGUAAAUCCAGUCGUGCCUCCUGUGUCCACUCACAUGAAGCAGCGACAUCAAACAGGCCAAACUCGACGCCCGUUACCGGGUGUAGCCAAGAAUUCAGUGAUACAUUAACAAGAUUAUUUGUUAACUAUGCAUCACAUAGUGACACAGCUUGCCUUGCCAUUGCUUUGACCUGACUGGUUCGCAUGGGGAGAGAAUGAAUCUCAAUGGCCUGCAGCCGUUUCGAUUGGCAGCUGUGACAUUGACGGCGGUGAUGAGGGGGGGCUUGUCAUUGUGGGUGGUACUGUAGAAAGCGACGGCGGGCAGAGGCCACACACAUAAAUAUAAGUACACACACUCACUUCCCUCCCUUUGUCCUUUGCGAAGUGGUGAUCGCCCCUCCUCUUAUGCCCCUGCGUUCCCCAGGGGAGGCCAAACCUGCUGUGCCAUCAGAAGCUCAUCCCGUCUCUUCUCUCCCCCUCCCUCGGCCCUAAUCUCAUCAUAUCUCAUGCACUCGUCUUCCCCCGUCUCUCUUCUCCUUCUCCUCCUGUAGCACUGCCACACGGCCAGGAUUAGGAAUAUUAAAACUAUUCUGUUGAUUUCAGGCCUGUGACCUUCCUCAAAAAGUCCUCCGUCUUUCUUCAGACGGCCCCAUUAAUCCUUUUUUUUUCUCUCCUUUCUUACUUUUCUCUCUGACUAUUCAGACGUGAUGCUCGCUGUCCUGUCAGAAAUUCUGCAUAGGAAUGAAACAGGGUGUUUUGUGCCAAAGCGAGGUCAUUUCAAUGGCAAUAUUGCUGUCGGUAUCUUCAUUUGGUCAAGAACAUUCUGUGAGAUCGCAUCUCAUAUUCUGUUUUCUUGCAUUCUCUUUUUUCAAGUAGCUAUAGAGCAUUUAAAAACACAAAGAAACACUAGUUUCAGACAAAGACAUUUCAUUUCCAGCACUUCUGCAGUUUACUGUCCAUGAAAAUAAAUUGCAUCCUGAAUUUUGAUCCCAGCUCCAAGUCAAAUAGGAAUCUGAAAUAAAUGCAAAUGAGUUUUUUUUUCUUUAUUAUGAUUUCUCACCGAGUGUGCACUGCCUGACUGUAUCUCAAUAUGAAUCCAUGAAGAUGGCUACUGCCUUCCUAAAACCUGAGGGGAAUUCAGCAUCACAUCUUGACAGCAAUUAGUGGCACAAUCUGUUUCAUGCUUGCUGAUAUAACUAGGCUCUGGACAGAUCUCAUACUGAAGUGUUACAAUGUUCUGUACAUCUUAAUAUUAUUCAACUGUGGAAGAGGAGUAAUACACACGACUCAGCCUACAAAAAUCGACUGUGCUUUUUAAGCAGAUGUUUCAAUCAAAAAAAACUGAAAAAAAUAGAUACAUGAUUUUUCACCUUACUGUGGCCUUUCGUGUAACAAUCUGGAGUUUUUUUUGUGUCCAUGGCUUCCUAUCUGGGGUGUUAAAGAGAUAUUUAUAUCUGUGACGUUUUGGUAAAAAAAAAAUAAUGAAAAAACGAACAGACAAAUGACAGAAAUACACCAGAAUGCAAAGAAUAAAUUCGAUUCAAACAAUUCUGCUUGUUCUAUUCUUCAAAAUCAAAACGCGACGAAAAGAAGACAUAUCUGUAACAUUCACCAAAGCCUGUGAUGCCUGUUUUAAAUGAUAGAUUCUUGUACAAAAAAAAAACAUAUAAAAUAGCAGAAAAGACUUACAGAUACAAACACAAAAUGAAGAUAAGAAAUGCCUUCAAAUAUUCUGGAGGGGAGGAUUUUAAAAAAAAAAGUAAAAGAAAUGCUUCUUUAAGAAAAUGUGUAUGUUUUUUAUUCAAUUUUCUAGUAGUUGCAAACAAAACUUGGUGUUUUUUCUCUUUGUGUGUUGUGUGUUGUCUUAAUAUUUGAAUGUAUUUUACUGCAGUGCGAAUUUGCCAAAGAUAUCAUAUCACUUGAUUUUUCCUCUUUUAUCUUUUUUUUUCUUUGUUCAGUUGUUCCUGAAUUGUGAUCGGUUUUGUUCAGAAAAACUGGAAAUAAAUGGUGAAUUUGAUAUUAUGCUUAUUUUUUAUAUUUCUAUUGUUAAUAUUAUUGUUAUUUUAUUUCCUGGCUUUGAUUUUACUGUGAAAUAUUAAAUUGCAGUUUGCUUGAUGCAUCUCUUCAUACUCAGUCUGUGUACCUGUCCAUCUGUCCACCUGAGUGACUGUUGUUGGUGAAUUAUUCCAUUUAUGUACCUGUAAUGUGAAACUAAGAAGUAAUUAUUUGUAAAUAUUUGCCAUAAUUUUAUUGGUCCUUCAGAAUAAAAAAUAAUUUUUUGGAAGUUAAA